UAACAAGGAAAUUCCCAUGUGGGAUGAGGCCUUUGGACGCCUCAUGAAAGGAAAUGUCCCAUUUGGUGUGGGGUUUGAUCACGUGCUAAGCUGGUGGAAACACAGAGACGAUCCUAACAUUUUGUUUCUUACGUACGAAGGCAGGAUUAAAAAUCCAGCAGAUGCUGGGGACAAGAUAGCCAAGUUCAUUGGUAAAGAAAUCUCUCCACAAACACUUGAUCUCAUUGACCAAGGGGAUGGCUUUAUUAGAAAGGGACAAGUAGGGGAAUGGAAAAACUUCUUCACUAAGGAACAGAACGAGUUAUUUGAUAAAGUGUUCAAAGAAAGAAUGGAAGGAACUGGGAUUGAAUUUGACACUUGAAAAACUUACCAUCACUUGAGUAACUAGGAGAUGCAACGCCUUUGGCACUGGACUUGACUGAACGUGGACUUUGGAGGUUUUGGAUUUGUUUAUCAUAAAAAUGGCCAACAAUAACAACAACAAGUUGAACAAAUUAAACCUUCCAAGGAGACAAAUGCAUAUCGUUUCGAUUUGUAUCUCAAAGUGUUCGCUUUUUAAUGUCCUUUCUUCUUUUCAGCUUGCAAAACGGGUAGUUAAGAGAGUCAGAACCUCGGGUUCAGAACGUAUAUAUAUGGAAAAUAGAGUGCAAUUAAAGGGUCGACAAAGUUUUGUCGCUCAGUUCUCCCCGCACUCUGCGCUCUGCCCUGAUAAGCCAGGUGUUUUGCUGGCUACUAUUAAAUCUGAAAAAAAUUCCAGAACGGUUUUGAACCCAUGACCUCUGCGAUACCGGUGCAGUGCUCUACCAACUGAGCUAUCAAGCCAACUGGAAGCUGGUUCAUGAUAAACCCGUAGAGGGUGAAGUGGAUAAAAUUAUAUGAGUCUUUAUAAUCUAUCAAAUAAUUUCGCUCGCGCGCGAUUGGUCUAAACGCAUAUCCGAGUGAUGUUCCCUAUUUAACAAAACCGCUCGUGUUGCGAAAAAUACUUGAUGAAUAAUAAA